AGGCAGUUAUCUACAUGUGCAGCGAGCAUGUUUGGAGCUGUUUCGCUGUAGUUUUUUAGGAAAAUGAGACCGUGAGGUUUCAUUUCUGACUUUUUGAGUUAUUGGUACUUUCCGCCAAGAAAAUUGAAUAAAACACAGUUACAUCGGUUCUUCGGAGGCCAGCUCAGUUGACCGUUGUAUACUUAUACAAUCCCAAGCGGAAUUUGCCACCUGUAAUCGUUCCUUUUCGUCAACGAUCCAUCAAUUCAAUUUUCUCGAAGUCAUCCUGAGGUGCUACGGGAAAGUGACAGAGAAGGAAGCAUGGAUACUACUGAGAGCUUGAAGAUUAAGAGAAGGACGGCUAAGGGCAAGCUGACAAGAAUGGAGAAAGCCCUUAACUUCCAGAUGGAGCAGCACCGUCCAUCAUCAGAGGUAAACGAUGCCUUUGAAUCAUACAAAGCAGCGUAUGAUCAAGUAAAUGAUGUGCACGAGAAGUACACAGCAACCAUUUUGGAUGACACCCAGUAUGAAGCAGAGGAGAAAUGGUUAGACGUAAUUCAGGAAUCCUUCUUGAAUAGGCAAAUGGAGGUGACUGACUAUAGCAAAGAUGAUGUAGAGUCAAGUAGUCCAUUGGAUGAAAUUCAGAUGAUGCAAGCUUCUAGUGUGUCUCCAUUGUCAUCCAUUGUCAAGUUAGAGAAAACUAAAUUACCAAGGUUUACUGGAGAUGUUCGUGAUUAUCAUAUUUUCAGGAAGGACUUCAUCCAUAUGACAGAAGGCAGAUAUACCAAGAGAGAUAUGAUUAGUUUACUCCGAUCCUGUCUUCAAGGAAAGGCCCAGGAGAUGAUAAGAGGUAUCGGUGAAGACUUUGACUCAGCUAUUGCAUAUCUCGACUCAAUAUAUGGGGAUCCUAGAUUUGUCGCAGACGCAGUAGUCUAUGAUUUAAACCAGUUCAAGGGUUUAAAAUGUGGAGAAGAUGCCAGGUUCUGCGAUCUUGUCCAUCUAGUUCGCAGAAGUUAUCAUUGUCUACAAGCAGUGAAUCGUCCACAAGACAUGGACAAUAGUCAAGUUCUUGCUCUCAUUGAACGGAAGAUGCAUGUCGAUGAUAGGAGAGUAUGGUUCCGGCACUUGGAGCAAGAUGGAAAGCCAGCAUGUUUAAGUUACCUCAUAGAGUGGAUGACAUCUGAGAUGAAGUCUCGAAUGAGAGCCGCAGCCCCAGUGCGUGCUGAAGAGAAGAAAGCCGGAAAAGUGUUUCAAGUCAGCAGUGUCCAGAGUAAUUCUGCUAAGUCAGAUGUUAUGUUCUUCAAGUGUUGGCUUUGCAUGACAUCAGAUCAUUGGACUGACCAGUGCAAAAAGCUUCUUAGCAUGACCCAGUCUGACCGUUUGAAUGUGGCUAAGAAGAAUCAAGCCUGCUUCAGCUGUCUUAAGAAGGCGGGCAAGGAUCAUAGAAUGAAUACCUGCAAGAGAAGAAAGCAAUGCAGUGAAGUGACUGGAGGUCAACAAUGCAGAUACUUCCAUCAUCCUCUCCUUCAUAAGUCAGAAGAACAGAGUAACACUGUGGGUGUAGCUAUCACCACCAAUACAGAUACACUGUUGCCAGUUGUUACUGCUGAGAUAGUUUCUCCCAGUAAGCAGGAACGGAUUGAAGGAAAUGUACUACUCGACUCCGGAUCACAGUUAAGUAUCGUGCGACAGGAAGUAGCUGACAGACUGAGACUGAAGGGAAAGAAAGUCUCGGUCACUAUCACCAAGAUUGGCUGUGAUGAGGAGCAAGUCCAGACGGAGAUAUAUCGAUUCCCUGUUCAAGCUAUUGGUAGUAACCAAAGGCAUUAUGUGACUGCGAUAGGACUGCCCCACAUUAGCAAUGAUAUUUCUGAGGUACCAUUGAAGGAAGAAUGUAAGAAGAUGCACUUAAGUCCCCAAGAAGUGCAUAGGAAGAGUGGUGCAAUUGAUUUGCUAAUAGGAUUGGACCAUGUACAGAUGCAUGCAGGUCAAACCAGACAGGGAAUUAAAUGUAUCGCCCGCAAGUCUCCAAUUGGAUGGGUGGUGUUUGGACCUCUCAGCACCAGACAGCAGUUACCAAGUAGAGUACUCCAUAUGCAGGUAACCCAAGUGACUGAUCUGACAGAAUUUUGGAGUACAGAGAGUAUGGGUGUUGAGUCUUCAUCCUGCCAGUGUUACCCACCCAAACUGAGUAAAGUAGAAAAAGAUGAAUACGAUGUUAUCAAUGCUUCCUGCCAGAAAGUAGGACGUCAGUGGAUGAUCCCUUAUCCUUGGAAAAGGGAUCCGAGUCAUCUACCUGAUAAUAAGAUGCAGGCAGAGAGGAUGCUUGCUGGAACUGAAAAGAAACUGGUCAGAAAUCUUGAGUAUGCAGAGGCAUACAGCAAGCAAAUGAAAGAGAUGACAGAUAUGGGGUUUUCAAGAAAGUUGACUCAAGAAGAGAUGAAGAACUAUCAAGGCCCGGUGCACUACAUCAGUCAUCAUGCCGUAGUCAGGCCAGAGAAGAAGUCUACCCCCUUACGAAUUGUUUUCAAUUCUUCCUCAAGUUUCCAGGGUCAUUGUCUUAACGACUACUGGAUGAAGGGAUCGGAUUUGCUGAAGGAUCUGUUUGGAGUUCUGUUAAGAUUCAGAGAGAGACCUGUAGCCAUAUUAGGUGACAUAUCCAAGAUGUACCACCGUGUCCUCAUUCCAGAAGCAGACCAACACGUGCAUAGAUAUCUCUGGAGAGACUUGAAUGUGGAACAAGAGCCAGAUGUAUAUGUCAAGACAGUGGUAACAUUCGGGGAUAAGCCUGCCCCCGCAAUGGCCCAAAUAGCUCUCAGACGCACUGCAGAGGAAGGGAGAGCUGCAUAUCCGGAAGCUGCAAGUGUAAUAGAAAGGGACACUUACAUGGAUGAUAUAUGCACAUCAGUGUCUACCGUUGAAGAAGGUCGUAAUCUCACACACGACCUGGAUGAAGUGUUGGAUACUGGCGGUUUCAAGGUCAAAGGCUGGAUAUCAAAUGUCCCACUGAAGGAGGAGACGGUUCCUGAAUGCCAGACAGAGACAAGUUUGCUAGAGAAUUUGACGGAAGAAAAGGUGCUUGGAGUUGUGUGGACCCAGCAACAAGAUGAGUUCUCUUAUAAAGUCAAAGGAGAGAACUUAACUCAGCCCAGUGAGAAGCAGAGCUCUGUGAUGUGGACGAAGAGACGAAUCUUGAGUCGCAUUGCUAAGGUAUUCGACCCGAUUGGUUUUGCUGCUUCUUUCUUAGUGAAAGCUAAGAUAGGAAUGCAACGGCUGUGGGAGAUUGGAGUCGGAUGGGAUGACGAGUUACCAGAGGAGAUAAGUGCAGAAUGGGAUAAACUCUUCAAUGAGAUGAAGGCUCUGAAUGACGUGAGGUUCCCAAGAAGUUUAACACCAUCACAGUCUGAGGUGUACCAAUGCUAGUUGUAUUCUGUGAUGCAUCAGAAGAAGCCUUCGGAACAUGUGUCUACAUCAGGUGGAAACUGACUGAUGAUGAAUAUGAUGUUAGAUUCAUUGCUGCCAAAUCCAGAGUGGCACCUCUCAAGAAGCUAACGUUGCCACGUCUAGAACUACAAGCAGCAGUGAUGGCGACUAGAUUGUACACAGCUAUCAAAGAAGAACUUACUCUUGAGCUUGAUAGUGCUGUAUUCAUGACAGACAGCAUGAUCGUUCUUGGGUGGAUCCGAAGUAAAGCUAGAGCCUACAAGCCGUUCGUGUCUGCCAGAGUGGGUGAAAUUCAGACAAAUUCGAACCCUUCUUGGUGGAGACAUGUACCUGGAGAGCAGAAUCCUGCUGAUGAUAUAUCCCGAGGCAUCCCUCCUGAGAAGCUAACAGAGAGAUGGGAGAAUGGACCAGAAUUUCUCUACUGGCAUGAGAAUAGAUGGCCAAGUAUUGAGGAGACUCCUGAUAGCAGAGAGGUAGAGAAAGAGAAGCGUAAAGUUCACCAGGUGGCCUUAGCAGAGAUUCAGUCAGAACCCAUCGACUGCAAGAAGUUUUCUAGAUGGAGGAAACUUGUUAGAGUUACAGCUUAUGUUCAGAGAUUCGUCAGAAACUUGAAGGCGAGAUGUAACAAGGCACCAGAUACUGACAUUCAGCCCUCUGAUAGUAAGCAAAUCUCACCAUCAGAGCUAGAGAAUGCAGAGACUCUUUGGAUAAAGAGAGCACAGAGAGAACUACAUGAUAGAUACAAGAAAGGAGAGUUCAAAACUCUCAGUCCCUACAUCAAGGAGGGAAUCAUCAGAGUCGGCGGCAGGGUAGGAGAGAGAGUUGUUUCAUAUGAUGAAAGGCACCCAGUACUGCUACCACAUCAGCACCACAUUUCGACACUCAUAGUUAGCUACUUUCACGAGCAAGGUCACGAAGGGGUAGCAACCACGGCCGCAAAAGUGAGACAGAAGUACUGGAUUGUGGGAGUUCAGAGGAUCGCCAAGACUGUGAAGUACAAAUGUGUGGUGUGCAGGAAAUCAGAACAUAGAGUAGAAUCCCAGUUUAUGGCAGAUCUUCCUAGUCAUCGUCUAGCACCAUACACACCGCCGUUCUACUAUACAUCGUGCGACUAUUUUGGUCCAUACCAGGUUCGAGUUGGUAGAAACAAAACAAUGAAGCAUUACGGUGUGAUCUUCACGUGCUUGAAUACGAGGGCAGUGUAUCUAGAUGUCGCUGUCGACUGCUCAACAAUGGAGUUUCUUCAAGUAUUUCGCAGAUUUGUUGCAGUCAGAGGUUACCCAGCAGUCAUCUACAGUGACAAUGGUACUCAGUUUGUGGGAGCCGAGAAGGAGCUUCGAGCUAUGGUACAAGGCUGGAGUGAAUCUCUGCUGAGAGAGUUUUGUGCCGAACGAGGAAUCCAGUGGAAGUUUGUGACACCAUCUGCGCCACAUCAGAAUGGAUGCGUCGAAUCCCUAGUGAAGAGUUGCAAGAUAGCGCUACGCAAAGCAAUCGGAGAUCAGAUCCUUCGUCCCUUUGAGCUACUUACCUCUUUGACUGAAGUCGCAAAUUUAGUGAAUCAGCGCCCUAUUGGCAGAGUGCCCAAUGAUCCAGACGACGGUUCCUAUCUUUCGCCCAAUGACAUGUUGUUAGGACGCGCAUCUACAUCAGUUCCACAAGGACCAUUCCGGGAAACGCCUAAUCCGAGGCAUCGAGUUGAAUUUGUACAGAGAAUCAUAAACUCUUUCUGGAAGGCCUGGAACCGAGACGUAUUUCCUCUACUUGUUCCAAGAAGAAAGUGGAAUGUCGAGAAACGCAAUGUUCGCGUUGGUGACAUUGUUUUGUUGUCAGAUCCUAAUUCCGUUCGCGGAAAAUGGACACUAGGUAAGAUAGUUAACGUCUAUCCAGGGUCAGACAACAAGAUAAGAAACGUUAAAGUUAAGACAAAGAAUAAUGAAUAUCGGAGACCAGUCACAAAAAUAGUGGUAUUGUAUCCUGUAGAAGGUUACAAGGAUUAAACUUGAUUUCAAUGUUUAUAUGUUUAUGUAAAUGGGAACAAAGUGCCCAUUGGGGCGGUGGAUGUUUUGUUGAACAAGUAUUUUUUCAUAUGUAUUUCUUUUGGUUUAGUUCAGAAGGCAUAAUUUGAAGACACCUUAGAAAUUUACGUUGACUGCAAAAUUGGCCUGUUAAAAUUAGGCAGUUAUCUACAUGUGCAGCGAGCAUGUUUGGAGCUGUUUCGCUGUAGUUUUUUAGGAAAAUGAGACCGUGAGGUUUCAUUUCUGACUUUUUGAGUUAUUGGUACUUUCCGCCAAGAAAGUGAGUAAAGUAUGAGUUAAACAAGAUCCAUUUAUGUAAUGUACAAAUGUGAAAAUUUGGAACGGAAAGUGUACGAGUAAAGUGAAAGUUUUAACGCAUGUUUAAAGCGCCCAUUGCAAGCGGCUAGGUUCAGUGCUUGUAUUUUCUUUUUAGUGCGGUAAUGAC